AUGGACGAAUAUUGUUAUGGGAUGGAUUUUGAAAUAAAUUCUAGCAGAUUAUCAGAAUUUUCGUCCUUUAUAAAUGAGGGUGUUGAGGGAGACCUCACAAAUCAUUUUACAACAAAUGAAAUAUUUUCCUCUCGUGAAAACUUAAUUGAAUGGGUAAGAGGGAUUGUAUAUAAUCUGGGAUUUGUUGUUGUGACUAUAAGAUCCGAUAAAGCUACCGGUCAACCUGGGAGGAAGACGUUUGUGUUGCUAGGAUGUGAAAGAGGAGGAAAAUAUAGAAAAUACAAACCAGACCAACCUAGUACAUAUGGAACCCGAAAAUGUGAGUGUCCUUUCCAGUUAAGGGGUAAGCCAUAUUGUAAUGGCGAUGGAUGGAUAUUGCAAGUGAUAUGUGGAUACCACAACCACGAUUUAGCAGAAACUUUAGUGGGACAUCCUUAUGCUGGUAGGUUAAAUUCUACUGAACAAGCAGUACUUGUUGAUAUGACUAAAACCCAAGUAACAUCGGCAAAUAUUUUGUUGACCCUGAAACAAAAUAAUGAUCAUAAUGUAACUACAAUAAAACAAGUUUACACAGCAAGGUAUACAUACAAACGCUCAUUGAGAGGGUCGAGAACUGAGCUACAACAGUUGAUGAUGAUGUUGGAUCGUGACAAGUACAUACAUUGGAGUAGAUGUGCAGAGGAUUCUGAGGUUGUUAGUGACCUCUUUUGGACGCAUCCUAAUGCAGUCAAGUUAUUGAAUGCAUUUAAUGUUGUUUUGUUAAUGGAUUCAACUUAUAAAACAAAUAUAUUGCACCCAACUAGAUGCAACAAGUAUGCCCGGGCAGCGUACUCCCACUGCUGCUGCUCACAGUGCUCAACGUAG